UCCCUGCGGUCGGACCCGGAGCCGUCUGCGAGCUUCUAAUUGUUGCUCCAGGUUCUCUGAGGUCAGUGUGCGGGCUGUCGUCGCUGCCUACGGGACACUGGAAUGGGGGAAGAGGACGGGCACGGAAAGAAAGAAGGUCUGCGUGUCCGUUCUUCCCAGCACUCUGCUAGGCUAGAAAAGGAGGAGGAACCUGUCCAGAAUCCCCGCAGGAAAAGGAGGGGACAUCUCAACAUGGAAAAACUCUGCAGUGAAAAUGAAGGAAUGCCUGAGAACCCAGGAAAGAUGGAAAACAAAGAACAGCCACUGGAUGCGGGAAAGCCAGGAGUAGCUUGUACUGUGGAAGACAAGGAAAAGUUAGAAAACAAAGGAAGGAUUGAUCACAAGGGAAAGAUAGAAGAUAAGGAAGUACUAAAGGAUAAGGAAAAGCCAGAGAGUGAGGCAAAGCCAAGAGAAGGAAAGCCAGUGAGCCAGGGAAAGCCAGAGAAUGAGGGAAAACCAAAAGAAGGAAAACCAGAGAGCGAGGGAAAGGCAAAAGAAGGAAAGCCAGCCAGCGAACCAAGGGCUGCAGGAAAGCGCCCAGCUGGGGACGAUGUACCCAGGAAGGCCAAAAGGAAAACCAAUAAGGGGCUGGCUCAGUGUCUCAAGGAAUACAAGGAGGCCAUACACGAUAUGCAUUUGAGCAAUGAGGAGAUGAUAAGAGAAUUUGACGAGAUGGCUAGGGUGGAGGAUGAAGUGAAGAAAACCAGACAGAAACUGGGGGGGUUUAUGUGGAUGCAAAAAAGUUUACAGGACCCUUUCCACCCCAGGGGCCCAAGGGAACUCAGGGGUGGCUGCAGGGCCCCACAAAGGGGCUUUGAAGACAUUCCUUUUGUGUAAUGCCCCUGGCAGGCAUUUGCAAAGCCUUGUGCUUUAUUUAAUCUUAUGCUAAUACUAUGCUUUAGUUGUCACUCAUGUUAUCCAACUGCAGCCCUCUGUUUCAGUAGCAGAUUUUCAUCCAUUGCAUGGAAAAAUGUUUAUGGUGCAUUGUAAAAUUAAAAAAAAAAACAGUUUGCAGAACCAUACAUAUGGCAUCAGUCCAUUUUUGUAAAACUACAAAGAUACUUACCUAGUGAUCCAUGUACAGAAAAGGCUCUGAAAGCUCUGUUUGCUAAAAGAUUAACAGUGGUUAUCUGUGGAUGACUUUUUUGGGGUUUUUUAUUCAUCUGUAUAUAUUCUCUUAAAAAAACAGAGAUUACUUUUAUCAUAAAAAUAAUGAAAUAAAAAAUAGGAAAACAAUACCAAGCAAUCAAAAGUACUUUUCAGUAAGAAUAUGAAGGCAGUGGAGACACUUAAAAUUGUCAGGACAUGAAAUGAUAAGUAAAACUCACAUUACCUCUGGGACUCAAAGCUGGAAGAAUCAACUUGGCAAUUAUUACAUAUCCAUUGUUGUAAGAGACAGUCUUAUCAUCUGUGAACUGGGGAUAAAUCUGGCCUUCCAGGGCUGUGGAGAAGAUCAGAUGAGAUACUGAGUACGUGAGCUGUGUUAGGCCGGCUCCUACCCUCUUCCCUGCACUAGCAGGACUGGAACCCCAUCCAAUGUUUGGGAGAGGGCUGAGGGAGGUCUUACGUGUGUCCAGGAAUAAGUCCAGACAGCUGAGAGGUGGGUGCCAUUCUCCCCUGGGUAAUGCCACGACUCUUAGGCACUGUGCCUCUUCUCGUGGGUUCUGUACCCUCCUGAGUAAGGGCCCCCACUGCUGCUGAUGGGCGGGAGACCAUUAUGGACUUAAGCAACUCUGUCACAACAGAAGGGUGGAGAAUUCUCUACCUACAAUAGAGUUGCCCUAACUCAGGUGGGUAGCACUCAAUUCGCACGUGGGCCUUGAUAUUUAUUAUAAAGUUCUUAAAAAACACAA